AUGUCGUCGCUCACCCUCGCCCUCCCCGCGUCGUCCCUCCCGACCGCUCAUCGCCCCGUCCAGCGCGUGCACGCCCACCCGGCAGUGCUCGCCUCCGUCCUCGACGCCCACCUGCGCCGGAACACCCAGCAGGACCGCGUCUUCGGGACUCUGUUGGGCGUCCGCGAUGUCCAGUCGGGCACCGUCGAGCUGAGGAACGCGUUUGGCGUGCCGUACGAGGUCAGGGGAAAGGGACAGGUCACCAUCGACAUGGACCACCACCGCGCAAUGCUCGACCUGCACCUCAAGGUCAACCCGCGCGAGGUCGUCGUCGGAUGGUACGCGACGUCGCCCCAGCUCAACUCGUUCUCCGCCUUGAUCCACAACUUCUACACCUCCGAGUCGGCCCCCCACCCGGCCAUCCACCUCACCCUCGACCCCUCCUCUCUCUCCUUCGCCGCCUACACCGCCUCCCCUCUCGGCCUGCGCGCACAAGACGCCCACCUCGCCUUCACGCCCGUCUCGACCUCCCUCCGCGUGCCCGAACAGGAGCGACCGGGUCUCGACCUCCUCACUUCGAACCUCUCGUCCCUCUCGGCCCUCGCUCCCGCCCCUACCAACCCCGAGACCCCCCAAACUCCCCUCCAGACUCUCCAGACCCUCCUCGCGACCGUCUCGCAAAUGCUCGACCAGGUCCUCGCUUACGUCGCAGACGUCGUUUCUGGCGCCCGCGAGGGCGACGAGAAGGUCGGACGUGCGCUGUACGAGACUGUUGGCCACGUUCCGCGUCGUGCGCCUGCUGCUGUUGCCGCGAAUGAGGACGACGAGGAGAAGGCUGCGGGCCAGAAGGACAAGAAGAGCGGUGCGGCAGCGGCCAGGCGCGACUUUGAGGAGGAGUUCAACGCGCACCUCGCGGAUGUCCUCAUGGUCUCGUACCUCGCCAACGUGAUCAGGACCCAAGCCGAGCUGUCGAGCCGGCUCAACCUGGUCAUCUAG